AGCGGCAAGAGAACCCCACGUGACCAAUUGACCAUGCCACCACCAUCGCCCCCAGCCAGCGAAAGCGCCAUUUGCUCCCUUCCCGCCGCUCUAGCUUUGGACAGCACGCUUCUUGUUCAACGCAAUGUCUCAAGUAAUAAUCAAACUGCAAUAUAGAUCGUAAACUCAGAAAGAAGCUCACCAAUACCUGCAAAAAAUGUGGAGGCGUGCGACUUCGUUUUCUCCUUUGAUUUCUUCAUUCAAAUCGUCCUUUUUCAUUCAGGAAGCUUCUAAACACAAGAUGUGGGAAAUGCUUACUACAGGGAUACCUUGCCAGGAAAAAGGUAAUAUUUGCCCCACGCAUAGAGCUCCAUUUAUAACGUUUGUUUUAGGGGGGCCUGGCAGUGGAAAAGGCACUCAGUGUGCAAAAAUUGUUGAUACCUUUGGAUUCAAACAUCUGAGUGCUGGAGAUCUCCUGAGAAAGGAGAUAGCUUCUGACAGCGAAUAUGGUUCAAUGAUUCUAAACACAAUCAGAGAAGGAAAAAUUGUUCCUUCAGAGGUGACUGUCAAAUUGCUUAGGAGAGAGAUGGAAUUAAGUGACAAUCGUAAAUUUCUUAUUGAUGGUUUCCCAAGAAGCGAGGAGAACCGCAGAGCUUUUGAAGAAAUUAUGGGAGCUGAACCAGACAUAGUGUUAUUCUUUAACUGCCCUGAAGAAGAGAUGGUGAAAAGAGUGUUAAGUCGUAAUCAGGGUCGAAUUGAUGACAACAUAGAUACAGUCAGAAAACGUCUAAAAGUAUUUGAGGAAUUAAAUCUUCCAGUAAUAGAGCACUAUGCAAAGAGAGGGAAACUUCACAAGAUCAGUGCAGUGGGAACAGUAGAUGAGAUAUUUGACCAAGUUCGGCCAGUUUUUGCUGCAUGUGAGCGGAAGCUAAAUGAAAGCUGACUAUGAGUUGAGACUUGAGAGCACUGAAAGGCAGGGAAAACUUCUUGUUGACCUCGGUGUGCUUCUUUGACAUUGGUGAUUUUCUGAAUGCCGUUCCCAGCCAAAGAUCUCUCUGGAAAUUUGGCAGCUUACCAAUACUCAUACCAUUGAGUCUCGUACAUCGAAGAUAUACUGGCAUAUGCAUUACUGAAUGCAUAGAAUGAUGUUUCUUUUCCCUUGUAUUCUUCAUAGGGCUAGAUACCUCAUGUAACAUGGGAAAUGAAAUGCAGGUAUAACUGAACUGUCUGGAACAAGUGAGAAACUAGUUAAAUAAAAUGGGAGAGGUGAGGUUUUUGUUUUCCUCUCCAGCAUGAUCCUAUAGUAAUUGGCAGAAAUUUUGCAAUUUUGUUUUUCAGAAUCAUAUUUGGUAUUGGACCA